UCAGUCCAACACCGGCGACCAAAAGUGCAGCAACGUUUUUAAAAAUAGAGUGUGUGGUUCGUGAGUGUCGUGUCGUGUACUCAUGCAUUUGCCCAUCAACGCCCCACAACCGUCGAUCAUGGACAUGUACACCAGCUUGCAAGAGACCCUCCAGGAGUACCAUGGGGAGUUGGUACAGACCGGCAGUCCGGCGGUGCUCUGCAGCGUUUUGCCCUCGCAUUGGAGAAGCAACAAGAGUCUGCCCAUCGCCUUCAAGGUGGUGGCCCUCGACGAGGUCCGCGAUGGUACCACGGUGACCCUCAAAGCAGGCAACGACGAGAAUUAUUGUGCCGAAUUGAGGAAUUGCACCGCUGUGAUGAAAAACCAAGUGGCGAAAUUCAACGAUUUGAGGUUCGUGGGGAGAAGUGGACGCGGGAAGAGUUUCACCCUGACCAUCACCAUCAGCUCCGAGCCUUACUAUCAAAUCGCAACAUACAAUAAAGCCAUCAAAGUGACCGUAGAUGGGCCUCGGGAACCCAGGACCAAGUCGAAUUACCAAUAUGGGUACGGGUUGCCCGGAAUGCCUGCUGGAUUCAAUCCCUUUUUGUUGAAUCCGGGAUGGCUGGAUGCUGCAUACAUGACUUAUACGUGGCCGGAUUAUUUCAGGACCAGAACGAAUGUGCCCACACAAACUAAUUUACAUGCCUCACUUAUUAAAGGUGCUACUCAACUGCCCCCCACUAACGGCGAGUUCUACCUCCCCCCUCAGCCCCAAUUUCACCCGCCGCACAACUUCCUCCCCCCGAACGGCAUCCUCCCUCAACUCUCCCUCAGCGACUCUCCACUAAUGCGCCCUUCGAUCGGCCCCAUGGACCAACUAAGUCUUCGGAUAUCCCCUGUGUCCAACAGUCAAAGUCCCACCGCUCAAGAGACAAAAAUUCACUCAACUGUCGAUCACUCCACUUCGGAAAACUCGGACAAUGAAGAUAUUGAUGUGGUCAAAUCAGCUUUCGUCCCUAUCAAACCUGCCAACCUUAUUUUACAAGAAGUGCAACCUGACUCCACUGUGCAAGACAAGGAGUUGAAGAAAAUCGAGUUGAAAGCUCCAAGUUCGAGGAGUAUCAAGAAUUUGGCCGAAGAGAAGAGCCCAAAUACGAAAAUUCAUCACCAACAGGAAAUUACAGCGACGAAAAGUGUGUGGAGACCGUAUUAGGGAAAGGGUACUUUGGAGUAGUUCUUCGUUAGAUGCAAUAUUGUAUAAAAGUGUGUAAAUAAACUUUAAUUUAUUGUAAAUAUGUACAGUGCGAGAAAGCGUGUAAAUUGUGUUAGUUCUUGGAGAUUUUAAAAGAGUACUGCAAAUGUGAUAGCAAGUACUUAUAGGUACUAGAGACUUUAGAUAUUUUUGUACAAAACAACAUGCUCCUUUAUAAAAAUCUAGCAAAUACUAAAAUAAACCGA